CGGUCGGGGCAUAAAUAUGGCUAGCUGCUUAAUUAAGCACAGGGACUUUACCGUACUUAACAGUUACUGCAUUAAAACUAGGAGACAUUAAAACACAUUGAAGUCAUUACAGAGUUUUCCAAAUACUUUUGGAACAUAACGUGGGAAGAUGUAGCUUUAGAAGACCAAUAUAACAAUGCAUUUUUGUUCCAUUUAAGUUCCACAAAACUGUGAAGGAAACUAGUUUACUCAGUGCUUUGUAGUACGCAGUCCGCCCGGACAUUCCUGACAGACUGGGAGGGGAAGUGUGGUGCCAGGUCCAAUUCCCCCUCUGCAUCCUACCCUUUACUCCGCUUACUCAUUCAUGCGCCACUUCAUUCACAUCUCGUGCGCCGGACGAAGUGGAUGUGUUCUGAUAUGGCAGUGAUGUCCAACCGGCGCCUUUGUUCUAGCGUUCUUCUGGUGGGCCUGCUCCACUCCUGCUCGGCCGCAUGCUACUUCCCGAUAGAGCUGCAGGGUGAAUAUGCUAUGCAGUCCACAUCUGCGACGCCUGGAGGACAAGUGCAGUACUCAGAGGUGAACAUUACUGCUGAAGCCAUCCUCCCCAUUUGGGGGCAUUGCCACCGACGCCUGGGUAACAGCGUCAUCCUCACAGACAGUUCGUGGGGGCCGAACUGCAGUCGCUGUUUCCACAUCACGCUGAGGUCCAGGAACGUGCUGCAGGUGCGCACUGAGGGGCUGGACAAGUGCUACACGAACGAGGAUGCUGCGGAGGCGACAUGUCCUGACGAGAACAAUGCCCAGUUCAAGGACAUCAUUCUCUACAGUAUCAUAUAGCGUCAAAUGGGAAAUGAUAGGACGACGUCAGUUACGAGUUGAUAAGGA